AUGCAUCUCUACCACCGGUUGCGGCUGCAGCUGCGGCUGCAAGUGCAACUGUGUAUGCCCUCAGUCGUCCUCUUGCUGCUAGCUAUCUGCGCUUUCGUCCAUGCGUCUCCAGCAACGACGAGCGAUGCAACAAGGGCGCUCGCAUCGGCCGAGCGCGCACUCAACGCCUCGCUCCUCUGGGGCUCCUACCGCCCGCAGAACUACUUUGGCUUUCGCCCACGCCUGCCUGCGACGCUCGUUUUCGGUAUCGCAUGGGCCGGCGUCAGCAGCGGCGUUGGCGCACCCUCGGGGCAAGGAUAUGCUCAGAUGCUGCAGAACCUCCGGCACAAGUGUGAUGACAGACAGGAUGUCGUGUACAAGUGGUCCAGGCACGACGGCCGCACCUACGGCGUCGAGGUGAUCGAGGAUCGAGAUGUGAAUGUGCGCAUCGAGGCGAGCUUUGUCAAGAUACUGGGAGCGGCAGUGGAGGAGGCCGCCUUUAAUGCUUCCGCGACACCGACAGAUCAGGCAGAGGAUAUCGGCGGCGGAUCAUGGGCCAUCCGUCUGCAUGGCACACCACUCGAUCCGUCUAAACCAGCACAACUGGCGCUUUUCCCCUACUUUUCAGUCGAGGCGCACCAGACGAAGCUCUCCUUCCACCCUCCUCAAGACGACGACAACAGCGGCGAAGUCGAGCUACCGUUGGAUCCAAACGGCCUGCCGUGGGAUCAUACGUUGAAGCUGCACGGUAGCGGACCGGGCUUAGGCGCAUUCGACGUGCGCAUCGUGCACCCCGACGUGGAAGCGCUUGGAAUCUCAUAUACUGAAGGGCAAGCACGAACCCCGCUGCACAACCAGCCCGUGCGCACAGCGAACAUCGCAGGCACUGCGACACACGCGGAUGACUACCGCCCGCGUCUGGCGCGUACGCAGUACGCCGCAGUGACACUGCCAUACAAUCAGACGUGGCGCGCCGCCGAUUUUAUCGGCGCGGCACUCAGCGUUAGCACGCAGAGGGCUAUGGAAAAGUACGGCGGCGCCAGCAGCAUUGAUCCCAUGAAGCCGGAUGAUAAGGCGCAAACAGCCACGUGGCAGCUCCCACCCGCAGCGUACGGGCUUCAGCUUGCUAAUGAGGCUGCGACGAUGUCACCGAAUCUGCUCGUGCUGCAGGACACCUUCGACGUCAACAGCGACUACAAGAGCACCGGCGCUGACAGUGCGGUGGGCGGCGGCUCGUUCAUCGUCGAUAUAUUCUUCGACUCGCACGCGACUCCGGCGCCGCUGCGGCUGCAAAACAGCACGGCGUUAACGCGUGCCCUGGCGCGGGCGCGCGAGCAGUAUGAUGCCAACUUCUCCAUGCGCUUCCCGCUCGCUGCGCCGUACGACCGCCAACACGAGGGAGAGCGGGAUAUGGCGCGCGAGAUGGUUGCAUCUGCUAUCGGCGGCAUUGGCUACUUUUACGGCGAGCAGCUCGUCGAUCGAUCUUCCUCACCUCCUGCUCGCAAGGGUAGCAGCAGCGACAGCGACGAGUGGGAAGAUGAGGAGGAGGAGGAAGACGACGAGUAUGGCAUCGGACCGAUAGACCUGGAGGAGCAAGAGCGGCAUCGCGCGCAGACGCAGCCUGCGCGACUCGUGUACGAGGGCCCAUACGCCCUGACGACCGCCACACCUGCGCGCUCGGUCUUCCCGCGCGGGUUCUACUGGGACGAGGGCUUCCACUUGGCUGUCAUCGGCGCAUACGAUGCGGACCUCGCGCUAGAGAUCACCAAAAGCUGGUUCAAUCUUGUCGACCGCCGCGGGUGGGUGCCACGGGAGGUCGCGCUGGGAAAGGAGAGCGAGAGCCGCGUCCCGGACGGUUUCCUCGGGCAGAACCCGAGACACGCCAACCCACCGACGCUGACGAUGGCGCUCGCGAUGUAUAUCGACAAGUUCGCGCGCACGGGUGAGGCGGCUCGCGGAGGUGGGCUCGAAGACAUGUUCGGACUCGGUGACGGCUCACAGCACGAAGGGCAGCUCGCGUUCCUCUGGGCAAACUCGACGACGCCGCUGAAUCAGUCGCGCUUCUUGUCGGACCGGACACUGGCGCUGGCAUACCUGCGCGCGCUGUACCCUUCGCUGCGCCGGCAUUACCGUUGGUUCCGGCGCACACAGCGGGGCGAGCUGCGCGAGUGGGGGCGGCGCUCCAGUGGCCGCAGCGAGGCGUACCGCUGGCGCGGGCGAUCGCGCGAGGGGCACGUCUUUGCGAGCGGGCUCGAUGACUACCCGCGCGCGGCGCUUGCGCACAGCGGCGAACUACAUCUGGAUCUGCACUGUUGGAUGGGCUUCUUUGCGCGUACCAUGCGCAUCAUCGCAGAGACCGUUGGCGAGGAGGACGAUGUGGAUGAGUACGAGCGGCACGAGGAGGGGAUCAGGGCCAAUCUAGAGGAGCUGCACUGGAGCGAGAAGGACAAGAUGUACUGCGAUGUGACGGUGGACAGCAACUCGGACGAGUCGGUGCGCGUCUGCCACGGGGGCUAUGUCAGCAUUUUCCCGCUGCUAUUGGGCCUGCUGGAUGCGCGCAGCAAGCAGCUGGGCGACCUGCUGGACUUUAUGCACGACGAGCGCAUGAUCUGGUCCCGCUUCGGCCUGCUGAGCCUCAGCCGGCAGGACGACGCAUUCGAGACUAAGGAAAGCUAUUGGCGCGGACCGAUCUGGAUGCCGAUCAACUACAUGGCCCUCGGGUCGCUCAAGCGGUACUCGGAAAUGGAAGGCCCGCACCAGUCGAAAGCGGCCAAGAUGUAUGCGGAGCUGCGGCAGAAUAUCGUGACGAAUGUACACAAGGAAUAUGAGCGCACCGGGUGGACGUGGGAGCAGUAUAACGCGACGACGGGCCACGGGCAGCGCGCGCAUCCGUUCACUGGCUGGACGGCUACGGUUGCGCUGGCAAUGGCGGAGAUCUACUAG